AUGGCGACGCCGGGAAGCGAACCCCAACCUUUCGUCCCUGCCCUCUCGGCGUCUACUCUUCACCCCCACCACCAUCCCCACCAUCCCCACCACCCGCACCACCACCCGCACCACCAGCACCUCGGAGGGCCCGGGGCCGGCGGCGGGGCUGCGGGCGGCGGCGGCUUCAACCUGCCCUUGGCCCGGGGGCUGGAGCGCGCGCUGGAGGAAGCGGCGCACUCGGGGGGCCUGAACCUCAGCGCCCGGAAACUGAAGGAGUUCCCCCGGACCGCGGCGCCCGGCCACGACCUCUCGGACACGGUGCGGGCAGAUUUAUCUAAAAACAGACUGGUUGAAGUUCCAAUGGAAUUGUGCCACUUUGUAUCACUGGAAAUCCUUAAUCUGUAUCAUAAUUGUAUCAGAGUCAUUCCUGAGGCCAUCGUUAAUCUGCAGAUGCUGACUUACUUAAACUUGAGUCGAAAUCAGCUGUCCACCCUGCCUGCUUGCCUGUGUGGUCUGCCUCUCAAAGUGUUAAUUGCAAGUAACAACAAACUCGGAUCGCUGCCAGAAGAGAUUGGUCAGCUCAAACAGUUAAUGGAGUUGGAUGUCAGCUGCAAUGAGAUCACAGCCUUGCCCCAGCAGAUAGGUCAAUUGAAAUCUCUACGAGAACUAAAUGUCAGAAGGAAUUACCUUAAAGUCUUACCACAAGAACUAGUAGAUCUUCCCUUGGUAAAGUUUGACUUUUCCUGCAAUAAAGUGCUCGUGAUUCCCAUUUGUUUUAGAGAGAUGAAGCAGCUGCAAGUAUUACUACUUGAAAAUAACCCUUUGCAGUCUCCUCCAGCACAGAUUUGCACAAAGGGCAAAGUGCACAUAUUCAAGUAUCUGAGCAUACAAGCCUGUCAGAUUAAAACAACUGACUCCCUUUAUUUGCACACGAUGGAGAGGCCACAAUUACAGCAGCAUAUGGAAGACAGCAAGAAGGAUUCUGAUUCUGGUGUUGGAAGUGAUAAUGGAGAUAAGCGAUUAUCAACCACAGAGCCUUCUGAUGAAGACACUGUUAGCCUCAAUGUCCCAAUGUCAAAUAUCAUGGAGGAAGAGCAGAUCAUCAAGGAGGACUCAUGCCAUCACCUUAGUCCCAUAAAAGCGGACUUUCAUCAGGAAUUUCAAUCAAAGCCUUCCCUUGGUCACAAUGACAACUCUGGAGAAGAAAGAGACCAAUUUACCCAUGAAACAGAUGUUCUCCACUCGGAAUUUACAAAUUAUAUUAAGGCAAGUUGA